AUGGGACUUUUCGAGCAGAAAAAAAGCCUGAUUCUCCAGGAACUUGAUAAGCCUCCAAAUGAGUACUCCGACCUAUCCCCCAAAGGGUCUAUAGACGCGGAGAUUCGGGAAUUGAUUUCAAACAUCAAUAAGUCUUCGGGGCUGGUUACUACGAGCAGCUGCUCCGGCCGUGUAAGCGUAUUCCUCGAAGGUAGACGGACUCCUUCGACUGCCGACGCUGGCACAGUUUCCAAUUACUCCGGCGGGAAAGGGGGUGGCAGAUGGUUAUUUGUCUCUCAUUGCCCCUUCAGCACACUCCCCAAAGUUGACGAUUUUCACACGUUUUUGAAACUAUCGCAUGGGAAAGAACCCCCUAAGGUCUUACCGCAAUCUCAUAAACUCAUACAUUUCAAAUUCGAACCCUUUAUCCUUCAUGUUCUCGCAGCAUCGCUAGAGCAUGCCGAGUCCGUCACGUCGUCUGCCUUGCAGGCCGGCUUUCGAGAGAGCGGCAUUGCCACCCUUAAUCCGCAACCGGAUGGGACUUAUAUGCCUAUUGUAGCCGUUCGCUCAGCAGGGUUGAGCCUUGACUCGAUCAUCGGCUUCGAGGAACCAGACACUGGUGAACUCUUCACCUUGGUGGAUGAAAGCUACCUCAAUUGCAUAGCACUAGUCUCCGAGAAACGCUUUGCGGAAAAUUCAAAAAGGAUCGAAAGAUUCUCACAGGGGCUGUUUCGGAACGGUCGCCUUGGCUCAAAUCAUAAUGCUCAGAAUCAGGUAGCAGCCGAGGGACAGGAGGAAAGGCGUCGAAGAAAGCGGGAGGAGGGUCUUAAGAGGCAGGCGGAAUCUAAGUUCAGUAGCAGACACACAGCUCAUAAUGACUGUCGUGAAGAUCGCUUGAUUGAUUCCAGCACUGAGCUAACGGAGCUGUUCGACAUGCCGGAUUCCAAGCCGUAG